AUGCGAACGACUGGGUUAAAUUUGCUGCUGCUAAAUAGUAGCUUUCUGACCGUAUUUACAAAUGCCUUGGAAGUGACGAGCAAUACAGUUGUCAGCACAGGAGACACCUUGUAUACAGACGCAGUAACAAUUGAUGAAAAUGCAUAUCUUGCAAUAAUCACAGGCUACACGCACAACUUCUAUUCUGAUUUAACUGUCAAUGGUGCCUUGUAUAUUGGGGACUAUAAUACACAGCAUUCAGGUAUUACAGUGGAUGUUAUUGGUACGACGAACGUUGUAACAAACAAUGGUAUAAUAGUUGUUGAUGAUAGAAAUGCAACAUCCGCUCCAACUUACGACUGGAGCGGGGGAGACUUCUACAAUUACGGUAAUUUGUUUUUCAACGGCAGAGGGGAUACUGGCGGCUCAACAUACUGGAUAAAUCCAUAUUCGACAUUUAUCAAUGAAGGAAUUAUAAUGUAUUCACAAACAAUUUCGAGAAGUGGGGGUUCAAUGCAUCUGGGAAGGGAUGAUUCUACCAUUACCAAUGACGGCACUAUCUGCUUGGUCAAUGCUCUCUAUUUCCAGGGAAGUACUAUCAAUGGAGAUAAUGGCUGUAUUAAUAUUGGCCAAAACAGUAAUAUGUGGGUAACAAAUACGAACACAAGAAAGCUGUCUGGCCAAACAAUAUACAUGUCCUCUAACUCUUCAAGUCUCAGAAUCGAUGCAUAUCCACCUGGUUUUACUUUUAACGUUAGAGGAUUUCAAAAUGGUAACGUGAUAGGCUCCAGUACAGCAAUAUCAAGUUUCAGCUAUGAUCAAACCAGUGGUACUUUAACAAUGAAUGUUGGAUCAUAUAGCUAUUCUUUAGAUAUUGGAACUGGUUAUGACAAUUCCAAGUUUUAUACUGCUGAUGCGAAUUAUGGCUCUGGUGUAGGUACAGUCCUUUCUGGUGGCUUAUACUACAACGGAACAGUAUCCGAUGAAAUGCCUGAUGAAUGUCAAGUAUGCCCUGAAAUUCCAUGGUUUACUUAUGAAAAUUCUAUUUCAUCUAGCAGUUCGUUUACGAUUCCAACUCCAUACACUACUACGGAGACAACUAAUAGCAGUACCUAUACCGAGAUCGUCUCGUACAGCUCUACUAAUAGCGAUGGAACACCCGCUACCGCUACUACUACUUACACAUUGAGUGGAUCGAGUAGUUCAAGCACCGAUGUGUUCACGAUUCCAUCCCCUUAUACCACGACCGAGAUUGCUGACGGCACUACCUACACCGAAAUUGUUUCCUACAGUUCGACCAACAGUGACGGCACACCAGCUACUGCUACCACUACGUACACAUUGAGUGGUUCGAGCACCUCAAGUGCGUUCACCAUCCCAUCCCCUUAUACCACGACCGAGAUUGCUGACGGCACUACCUACACCGAAAUUGUUUCCUACAGUUCGACGAAUAGCGAUGGAACGCCCGCUACUGCUACUACUACUUACACAUUGAGUGGAUUGAGUAGUUCAAGCACCAGCGUGUUCACCAUUCCAUCUCCUUUUACCACAACCGAGACCACUGAUGGUAGAACCUUCACCGAGAUCUUCUCCUACAGCUCGACCAACAGUGACGGAAAGCCCGCUACUGCCACCUUCACCUACACUUUGAGUACAUCCGCUACCUCGAGUACCAGUGUGUUCACCAUUCCACCUCCUUACACCACGACCGAGACCACUGAUGGUAGCACCUUCACCGAGAUCUUCUCCUACAGCUCAACCAACAGUGAUGGAAAGCCCGCUACUGCUACCUUCACCUACACUUUGAGUACAUCCACUAGUGGAUCGACUACCUCGAGCACCAGCGCGUUCACCAUUCCACCUCCUUACACCACGACUGAGACCACUGAUGGUAGCACCUUCACCGAGAUCUUCUCCUACAGCUCGACCAACAGUGAUGGAAAGCCCGCUACUGCUACCUUUACCUACACUUUGAGUACAUCGACUACCUCGAGCACCAGUGUGUUCACGAUUCCACCUCCUUACACCACGACCGAGACCACUGAUGGUAGCACCUUCACCGAGAUCUUCUCCUACAGCUCGACCAACAGUGACGGAAAGCCCGCUACUGCUACUACCGUCUACACUUUGAGUACAUCCACUGAGUCAUAUUUUUGCUCUUCUCGAGUUUCGUCUUCUGCAUUCUUCAGGAAUACGACCACAGAAGAAUCUGCUUCAACAUCGACCGAACCCACCACUGUAUUCUUGACCACAACUUCUUCAAGUAACUACCCUGCAGCCUCUAAUACCUUGGAAUCCUCGGUGACUAAUGCAUCAAGGGAUAUGUCAUAUCGGACGGAAACCACAAUCACGUCAAUCAAUACUAAGGAUGGAUAUUCGACUGUUAGCAGUGUAGCCACGCCAUCGAGCUCCAGAAGACCACUUGCAACAUCUAACAUACCCACUGGAAACGUUGUAGGGUCGACUGAAUCUCGAGUUGAAGAGCAUAUGAGUAACACCUUGACUUCUUAUUCUUCCCAAGUUGUUUCCUCCUCGACAACUAAGUUGCUAGUUUCCUACAGCUCGACUAAUAGUAAUGGAACGCCCGCUACUGCUACCACUACGUACACAUUGAGUGGUUCGAGUACCUCAAGCGCGUUCACCAUUCCACCUCCUUACACCACGACUGAGACCACUGAUGGUAGCACCUUCACCGAGAUCUUCUCCUACAGCUCGACCAACAGUGAUGGAAAGCCCGCUACUGCUACCAAUACGUACACAUUGAGUGGAUCGAGUACCUCAAGUGCGUUCACCGUGCCAUCAGCUUAUACCACAACUGAGGUCAUCGAUGGCAGUACCUACACCGAGGUCGUUUCCUACAGUUCGACGAAUAGCGACGGUACGCCCGCUACCGCUACCACUACGUACACAUUGAGUGGAUCGAGUACCUCAAGCGCGUUCACCGUGCCAUCCGCUUAUACCACGACCGAGGUUGCUGACGGCAGUACCUACACCGAGGUCGUUUCCUACAGUUCGACGAAUAGCGAUGGAACGCCCGCUACUGCUACUACUACUUACACAUUGAGUGGAUUGAGUAGUUCAAGCACCAGCGUGUUCACCAUUCCAUCUCCUUUUACCACAACCGAGACCACUGAUGGUAGAACCUUCACCGAGAUCUUCUCCUACAGCUCGACCAACAGUGACGGAAAGCCCGCUACUGCCACCUUCACCUACACUUUGAGUACAUCCGCUACCUCGAGUACCAGUGUGUUCACCAUUCCACCUCCUUACACCACGACCGAGACCACUGAUGGUAGCACCUUCACCGAGAUCUUUCUCCUACAGCUCAACCAACAGUGAUGGAAAGCCCGCUACUGCUACCUACCGUCUACACUUUGAGUACAUCCACUGAGUCAUAUUUUUGCUCUUCUCGAGUUUCGUCUUCUGCAUUCUUCAGGAAUACGACCACAGAAGAAUCUGCUUCAACAUCGACCGAACCCACCACUGUAUUCUUGACCACAACUUCUUCAAGUAACUACCCUGCAGCCUCUAAUACCUUGGAAUCCUCGGUGACUAAUGCAUCAAGGGAUAUGUCAUAUCGGACGGAAACCACAAUCACGUCAAUCAAUACUAAGGAUGGAUAUUCGACUGUUAGCAGUGUAGCCACGCCAUCGAGCUCCAGAAGACCACUUGCAACAUCUAACAUACCCACUGGAAACGUUGGAGGGUCGACUGAAUCUCGAGUUGAAGAGCAUAUGAGUAACACCUUGACUUCUUAUUCUUCCCAAGUUGUUUCCUCCUCGACAACAAGUGCUAAUGAUAAUGAAGCCUCCGCAAUUCAAAUAACAUCUUUAAAGACCAGCACAUCGAACAAUGUACCCUCAAUUAGCGGCUUUUACACAACAACUGAUUCAACCUUAAAUGGUGGCACAUUGGUCUCUCGAUUCACAGCUUCUCAAGAAACUAGUUCUUCAAGCGUUCUAACUGGUUCAACACAUUCGCUGGUUUCUAUUCCCACGUAUGAAGGCGUGGCUGACCGUGUGAAUGUUGGCUUACUUCUGAUAUUUCCCCUGGUACUUCUAUAA